AUCGAGCGGCGGUGUUGGGCGCGCCGACAGACUCCUUGUCACACCGAAACGGUCCGCCGGUGCGCGCGGCCGGAGAGCUUCAGCCGUUUCCCUCGGCUGGCAUUCCCCGUCUUUCAUCAGCUCGCGCACACCUGGAGCUCGCGCUUGAAAAGGCAACGCGCUCUUUCCCGCGCGGUGGCGGACGUGUAACUUAUGGUGUCCCGGCGUUAGCGACUCGCCGGUAGAGCCGUCGGCGCGUGUGGCCGGACUUUAUAAAGCUGCCGGGUGCAGGGGGGAGGUUAGAGAGCAUGGAUGAGCCAGGAAGCAGGAACGGCAGCUGCCAGAGGAAAAAGCCGCCAUGGCUCAAACUGGACAUUCCCACCAUCCGGCUGACGGCGUACGACACGCCCACACUCCCACAGCCGGUGAAGCGGCUGCGCAGUGUCAGCAUGCCAGGGGAAAACCCUCAGAUGUGCAUCGCUGCCUUGGAAACUUCCAACAACUACCUCAGACCUCCUAUGGAAAGACUGCCCUCCUUCACACAGUCCAUCAAGAGCGGGAAAAGGGUGCGCUUUGAGCGGGUAAACACAGUUCCCCCAAAGGGUCAGAGGGAGCACAGGAGGGAGUCAACCACCCGGAGGCGGUCAUGCAUCCCCAAGAUACUGACCCGACGGCGUUCAUCUAUACCCAAACAGAUCAUCAGAUGCGUGCUCGAGGGUAAGUGGGGACACUCCGUUAAGGAUGCUGGCAAUGGAAGAUCUGCAGCUCUACAGUCUCUGCACCCCUCAGGUAUGACCCAGACUCUGAACCCCUCAUGGAGCUCUCUGGACAGGGGUACGGCCGACUGGUUCGGGGUGAGCAAAGACAGCGACAGCACCCAGCGAUGGAGGAGGAAGAGCCUGCAGCACUGCAGCCAUCUGUACGGGGGCCUGAAGCCGCAGGUGAUGAGGGACAGGGAGCUGCACAGCCAGGACAACAUCUCCCUGGCCAGCACUGAGACCCCUCCCCCCCUCUACCUCCCACCCUACCACCAUGGCAUGCAGAGGAUUGUCGACCCCCUGGCUCGGGGUCGAGCCUUCCGCCUGGUGGAAGAGGUAGACGGCUUCAGUGUCCCGCAAACUCCCAUCACGCCCGGCACCGCCUCCCUCUGCUCCCUUUCCAGCUCCCGCUCCGCCCUCAACUGGUUGCCACGACGACGCAAGCGGGAGUCUGUCGCUGUCAUGAGUCUCAAGGCUGCAGCAGCUUUGAUGAAGGGUCGUCCUUUAGCCGACAGCACCUCCGGGCGUCCUCGCCGGCGGAGUUUCAUGCCCUCGAGUUUCCUGGAAGACGACACCGUAGACUCCACCGAUGAGCUGGACACUUCCUUCUUCACCAGGGAAGGCCUGCACGAUGAGCUGUACAGCUAUGUUGACGAGGUUUUCGAGACACCAUCGGAGGCCGACCUCACGCAGCUGGAUGAGAGCGAGCUCACAGGCGGUGCGUUGGACAGGACCAAACUGGAGAGGAGUCACCUCAUGCUGCCCUUAGAGCGAGGAUGGCGAAAGGCAAAAGAUGUCUCUCUGAUCCAACCGAGGCUGCGUCUGAAACAGGAAGUGGUCAGCGCCAACGGCCACCAGCAGCGGGGACAACGGAUCGGGGUUCCCGUCAAGAAGCUGUUUGCCAGAGAGAAGAGGCCCUACGGGCUGGGCAUGGUCGGCCGCCUCACCAACCGCACGUACCGCAAGCGCAUCGACAGCUUUGUCCAGAAACAGAUCGAGGACAUGGACGAUCACAGGCCUUUUUUCUCGUACUGGAUCACGUGUGUCCAUUUGCUCAUCACCAUUCUGGCUGUCGCUAUCUACGGCAUCGCCCCUGUGGGCUUCUCGCAACAUGAGACUGUCGACUCCGUGUUGAGGAACAAGGGAGUUUAUGAAAAUGUCAAGUUUGUGCAGCAGCAAAACUUCUGGGUGGGUCCAAGCUCAGUAAGUGUGUUCAUCUUCUUUUCUCUGAUUUCUUUUCUCGGCCUUUAUGCAGCUCUUAAGUGUGGUGGGCAACAUGAAAAUUAUUCACAACCUCACCAGGCUAGCACGCUGGCAGUGUUUGUGAAGUGGCCUCGGCACCCCAGUGCUCCGUCUCUGAAUGGCACUCGACGCCGACAUGGUGCAGUCUGCCAUCAGGACCCCAGAAUUUGUCUGGAGCCAGCCUCAGUUUCACCUCAUGAGUGGCCCGAUGACAUCACCAAGUGGCCAGUUUGUACGCGGUAUAACUCUGGCAAUCACACCAACCUCCCCCACAUCGACUGCACCAUCACAGGCCGGCCCUGCUGCAUCGGAACCAAAGGACGAUGUGAAAUCACUUCAAGAGAGUAUUGUGACUUCAUGCAUGGCUACUUCCACGAGGAGGCUACCCUUUGCUCGCAGGUGGCUUGCAUGGACGACGUGUGUGGUUUGCUGCCCUUCCUCAACCCUGACAUUCCAGACCAGUUCUCUCGGCUCUGGCUGUCUCUCUUUCUUCACGCUGGGAUCCUGCACUGCCUGGUGUCGGUGUUGUUCCAGAUGUCCGUGUUGAGGGACAUUGAGAAGCUUGCUGGAUGGCUCAGGAUCUCCAUCAUCUACAUGCUCAGCGGCGUCACCGGCAACUUGGCCUCAGCCAUCUUCCUGCCCUACAGAGCCGAGGUGGGUCCUGCGGGCAGCCAGUUCGGCAUCCUGGCCUGUCUGUUUGUGGAGCUGUUUCAGAGCUGGCAGAUACUCGAGCGACCGUGGCGAGCCUUCGCCAAGCUGCUGGCCAUCUCUGCCUUCUUCUUCUCCUUCGGUCUGCUUCCAUGGAUCGACAACUUUGCCCACGUCUGCGGUUUCGUGUCGGGAUUCUUCCUGUCCUUCGCCUUCCUGCCGUACAUCAGCUUCGGGCAAACCGACACGUACCGGAAGCGUGUCCAGAUCUGCGGCUUCCUGCUGGUCUUCCUUGGUCUGCUCUCCACCCUGGCAGUCCUCUUCUACGUCUACCCUGUGAAGUGUGACUGGUGCGAGUUCCUGACCUGCAUCCCGUUAACGGACAAGUUCUGCGAGAAGUACGACCUGAAUGCUCACCUCCUCUGAACAUGAGCCCGAGGCGGGCAACGUUUCUACAUGUGGUAGCAACAUCUCUGAGUGCUCAAUGUUUUAUGAAGCUCGUGUGCUGUGCAACUUGGGACACUUGUCCCGGAACAAUGAGCAGUGUUUCAGGAUUACACGUGAAUGCACGUGUUCGAGAAGGUGCAACUGACCCAUGAUGGACAAGGGUUAAGCGUGACGGCCUGGGGAGGACCACAGGCGGGGUCAAUAAGAAAACUAUCAAGGUGAAGGGAUGAUUUCAUGUGUCAUUGAUCUCUAGCUGGACUAAUCGAUGAACAGUCACACGCUGACAAUUAUUCACCUCACUUUGGGGAAAAUGGACUUGAGAACACCGCUUAGUGGCCAACAGAAAAACGGUACGACUUGAGUCAGGAUGAGUGGAGAAUCUUUGUUUUGUACUUUUUUAGUGAUUCAACAGUGUUGACCAUUUACUUGAUGUGCUUGGUUUAAAACUCGCCAAGAAAUGAGAUGGUGAAAUGUGCCUUAUUGACACAAAACCACACACGGUGUCUAUUUAUGCCAUGUAUAGGGUUUGUGUCAGCAGUCACUUAAUCUGACAAACUAUUACAAACUACUAUGUGUUUUUACUUCAGUAUUUGGUGGCUGAAUUGUUUUCUACCACAUUGGAAACGUUCAUUUCCGCCACCGCCUUUAAUACACUUCAAUCACACAUGGGUUGUUGUCUGUAAAUAAUUGACUCGUAUGUUAAUUUGCUCGAUGGUGAAUACAUUUCACUGAGGGGAACGUGUGUCCUCAUUCAAGAUGGUGCCGUUCUAGUCACCUGUCAAUAAACACAACAGGAUACCAGUGCACAGUUCCUUCCUUUUGACUGUUGACUUCCUCGUAGACUAUUGAUCAAUAAAGCUAAACUUUCCUGCUCCAGGUUGAGCUUGAAUUUACAACCUCGGCAUGAAACUUAUCUUGUCUUAUUAGUACCACACGGAGCUUGAGCUCUGUUACUAAAGCUUCUUAUUCUCAGGCUCCAUUUUUGUCUUAAUGCAUAAUGGACCCCUGAACACAUCUGGUCAGUAUCUGCUCAGAAUGCAGCUGCAGCACCUGGGAGUCUUCAUGUGUCACCGCCUGCUGCUGCCCGGCACAUUCGGAGGCCAGCAGCUUACGCAGUUGGCACCUGGAUGCCAGAAGGCUUCACUGCUGCUGUGACUAACGCAGGAGGUGGUUCCUCCCCAUCAUGGCAACUGAUUCAUAACAUGGCCUUGCCCAGUGUUGGGGGAUAAUCGCUAUAGAGAUGUCUGCAGACAUGUAGAGAGUUAGUUCCUUAAAGAAAGUGUUUCUACAUGAAGCUUUUUACAUCAAGGGUCUGGAUUGUCUUUAGAAAGCUGGUGACUGGAGAUGUCCUCCGGGUUUUGCUGUCGACAUCUCUCUAUUGAGCAGGUUCAAACCUGUUGCUGUAAUAAUCACUCCUCAGGCCUGGAAUGUAAAAUGAAUCCUUGAUCCGCUCAACGCGUUCUUUGAACGGCGUACCAGGCCAAGAAGAUGGAAAGGGAAUUAAAGUAUGAAUUUGAUUCAUUCUACAGGUUGUAACACAAUCACUGCUGAAAGCCUCAGAAAUGUGGUCAAGGUUGAAUGAGUCAAUAAAAGCAGAAGUAUGAAAACAA